AUGUCUUCUGAGUCGCUAUCUCGUCGCUCCUUUUUGGGGCUGGAAAGGUGCCAUGUCUUCAUCACUGGAGCCAGUGGUGCCAUUGGAGGCGAAGCUGUGAGGGAAUUCUUAGAUCAUGGAUGUCUUGUCACAGCCUACGAUAGCCAGCCACUCCAGCUUUCCGGAAUCGAUGCAGAAAGAUUCUCGAGGCUCCACCUCUUGAAUGGAGAUGUUAUCAACGAGGAAUCCGUCAAGUCUGGAUUCUCGGAUGCCGAAGAAAGAUUUGGACCAGCAAACAUAUUGAUUGUCAACUCUUCUGCUGAAGACUCGACGGCGAAAAUUCCUAUCUGGGAGUUGUCGUUAGCUGACUGGAAGAAGAAUUAUCAGACAAAUGUUCAGGGUUCCUUCCUGGUCAUCAAACACUUCCUUCGAUCUCUACACGAAGCCCAACAAACCUCGGGGACCCAACUUACAAGUCCCGCAAUCGUUGUUACAGAGACAGAAAAUGGGUCGGGACUUUCUGCGGGCAAAGCUGGCCUUCACUAUGGCUUGCUCAACGGUGUUCGUGACGAAAUACUCCGUCUCGAUGCUGAAGGACGCAUCAAUGCCGUUGCUCCUGGUAUCGUGAAUGGGCAGCAAGGCCCCGAGCCAGCUGAUGUAGCACGGACUAUGGCUUUCCUUGCCUCGAAGCGUGCAGCCGGCCAUAUCUCUGGACAAUGCAUUCGGGUUGAGCGAGGCAAGCAAGAUCCGAUUGCCAGUACCACUCAACCUCCGAAAUCUAUCGUCAAAAAGGAGUUUGCAGCGUCGAUUCCCAGAUCAUUGCCAAAGCCAAAGCGCAAUAAAAUUCGCGUAGCUGUUUCGAUUGAUUUGGAUGCAGUUUCAGGCUGGCUCGGAACAAAUUCCCAUCCAGACAAUAAUCUGGCUGACUAUUCAGCUGGGUUCUUCGCCGCUCGAGUCGGUGUUCCCCGCCUUCUUCGCAUGCUGAAGAAGUUGGAUCUUUCCGAGCGUUGUACUUGGUUCAUUCCCGGACACUCUGCCGAGAGCUUCCCCGAGGAGGUAAAACAGGUUGUUGCUUCGGGGUGUGAGGUUGGCCUGCACGGCUACGCGCACGAGGGUGCUUAUCAGCUCACCCCGGAGCAAGAGCGUGACGUGCUUGUUCGAUGCAUAGAGAUCGCUCAAAACCUGACCGGGAAGAAACCAGUCGGCUAUCGCGCGCCACUCUAUCAGCUGCGCGAGUCAACGCUUGAUCUUCUUGAGGAAUUCGGCUUUGAAUACGAUGCUUCUCUGACGGAUCAUGACUGCCAUCCAUUUUUUGCACCACGACGUCCAGCGCUGCAACCUAUUGAUUUCUCCAAGCCCGCCUCGACAUGGAUGCAUCCAGUCAAAGAAUCGCCAACUUUGCCAGACAGACGCCCUCUUGUCUGUGUACCUUGCAAUUACUAUAUGGAAGACAUGACACCGAUGCAGUUCCUUCCGCACACUGAAAACUCGCAAGGCUAUGUUGAUGUACGUGUGAUCGAGAAUCUCUGGCGGGACCGAUUCUUGUGGAUUCGGGAUAACGAAGAGGAACCUGUAUUCCCUGUUCUCAUGCAUCCGGAUACUAGUGGCAUGGCUCAUGUCAUUGGUAUGCUGGAACGGACUUUGAGUUGGUUGAAAGAGUGGGAGCGUGAGGGCGAGGUUGAAUUUUUGCAAACUGGGCAAAUUGCGCGUUGGUGGAAAGAUAAAAUGCCGUCAAAGCAAACUGCAUAA